GCUGGCAGAGGGCCCACAGCUGGGAGUUGCAAGGGCGUGGACGGCCUGUGCUCGCUCUGCGAAGACCCUGACCUCUGCCUGGCCUAUGCGCUGUGCCCUAUUUGUCGCCAGGUCUUGAGCGCUUAUGCGCUCUGCCCCUGCUUUCCCUGCUUCAACUUCUAUGCACGUUACCGCCUCUCCAAGACAGGCCGAGCCAAGAUUCCCUUGGACCGGGACUGCCAGGGGAGACAGAGUGAUAGUGAGCUUCCCGGGCGCACACGGCAGAGCUUGGAACAGAUUGAUGGAGGGGGCAGGUGGAUGGAGAACACACGUCGAGCAGAAGAGAUGAGUUGUGAGCUUGUCGUUGUCACAAAACCAGACGGCAGUCUUGGGCGCUCACAAAGUGGAGAGGUUGAGUUUCUCCGCAAGUCCGGCUACAUCUUCGAAGAGAGGAGUGUCCGGGAAUUCGCCGAGGAUGUGCUGACCUUUUUUUUGGCCGAUCUGCGUGCGGACGGCAAAUCUUUGAGGAUUCGUUCGCCGUCCAGGUCCAGGUCUCGUUUGCCAUCCCUAGGUGUGGACAGGGACAGCAGCGAUGACGAGUUUGCGAUUGAACUCAGCAGUUCCAACAAAAGAUGGCCGACAGACCCCCAAGGCCUUUUGCUUCGUGAGCAGUGA